UUAAUAGCAUUACACGCUCGUGGGGAGUUAGUGGUCCUCUAAGCUCCACUGUGUGUUUGGGAAGCGAACGGCGAAAGGAACCUUUUUUAAGAGCGGGCGACGAGCGGCUGCGCAAGAUGGUGUUUCACUGUCUAAAUGUUUACACUGAAUGUCCGGUCCGUUAGUCCUGGGUAAUGUAAAAAAAAAAACAAAAUAAAAAAAACACCAAGCGGUUCUCCGUUGAGAGUCGUGCUGUAUAAUGACAGACCGUGACGGGGGCCGCGUCUUCAGUGCUGAUCGGAAAACAUGGGGCUCAGGAUCAGUGCCAAGGGUCAACAGAGCCACAUGAUGGUGAUCUUCUUCGCCGUCUUCAUCUUGACCACACUCCUCAUCCUCUAUGGCUCCAACAACAGCAAUGAUAACAUCUACAUCCCCUUUCACGUGGACAUCCAUCACGCCGUCAAGACUACAGACCUCAAGAAGUUAGCUGGUAGAGAUGGCUACAUGCCAGUUUUUGGUAACAAGACUAUGAACCUGCACUGUCGCAACUGUGCACUUGUGACGAGCUCCAGCCAUGUCCUUGGUAGCCGGGCGGGGAAUGACAUUGAUCAGACGGAGUGCGUGAUCCGCAUGAACGACGCCCCCACGUCAAGCUACGAGACGGACGUCGGCAACCGCACCACCCUCAGGGUUGUGGCCCACUCCAGCGUCUUCAGGGUGAUGCGGCGGCCCAACGAGUAUCUGCGGCGCACGGACAGCAACUCCACAAUCAUCUUCUGGGGACCCCCGAAUAAGAUCUGGAAGGAUGCUAAGGGAACUUUGUUCAGAUUGAUCCAGAGGAUCGGGAUGACCUAUAGCAACCUGUCGUUCUUCAGCAUUUCACCAAACAAAAUGCGAAAAUUUGAUAAUCUGUUCAGCAGAGAGACCGGACGGGACAGACAAAAGUCCCACUCUUGGUUGAGCACUGGCUGGUUCACAAUGGUCAUAGCCAUUGAGAUAUGUGAUAAUAUUAAAGUAUAUGGGAUGGUUCCACCAAAUUACUGCGGAAGAAAGCCGGGGUCCAAGAAGAUGCCCUACCACUACUACAAACCCAGGGAGUCUGAUGAAUGUGCAACGUAUCUUCAGAACGAAAACAACCGCAGGGGACACCACCAUCGUUUCAUCACAGAGAAACAGGUGUUUGCCCGCUGGGCCAAGCUGUAUAACAUCACGUUCACCAGCCCCAAGUGGUGAGAUACCAGCUGUUCAGCCAAGAAGCAGACGAGCACAGCGGAUUCAAGUUCACAGUGAUCUCAAAACGAGGCGUCACAAAUGCUUUUAUCCGGCAAAGAUGGUGAAGAUACGGGAAAUCUUCAGUUAAUGAUGAUGAUGAAGAUGUGUGGAAAAGUUUCCAUUUCUGAUUUCAGGUACUGAACUUGUAUGGCUUUUGGAGCACUGUCUAUUGUGGUCAGAAAGUUUACACACCAGCGGCAUGAAUGUCCUCAGCUAGAGGUUUAAUUUGGAGCAGAUUUUUUUCUCAGGGUGAAAGGAUUUCACAACAAACUCCUUCCAAGUUUUCUGGCAAAUCUGGGUGCAGGAACACACACAGAGUCAGAAUUAUACACACAAGCUCAAAUGUUUACACCCUCUGUAAUAAUUGCUUGACGCUCCCAUGUCAUUAUAUACGUUCUGUUAACUGUUAACAAGAUCCAAGCAUAAUGCUUCCUGGAUAUUCACUCUUAAUGCAAAACUGCUAUAGUUUGCUUGAAAAGGCAGCUCUGUGCACCAAUUGCAGUUUUCUGUCUGAUCGCCAAUCUAUUAAAAAUCCUGACCUGCUGAUUGCGAUUUUGGCCGAUACCAACUUUUUUUUGUCCAAAAUGUAGCAAGAAAGUUAAUGAGUUGCCAACAGUGAGAUGACAUACAGAUCUGAUCUGAUCUGGUGGGCUGGUCUGCUAGUCAAACCUCUGACAGUAGAGCAGAAGGAGAUAACAGUUUAUAUACUCGCCUUUGCCAAGGUAGAUAAAAUCAGUGGCUAAGAUCAGCUUCACAUGUAAAAAUCGGCUGAUCAUCAAUUUCCCAAAAUGGUGCAUCCCUAUCAUAUUUACAGAUUUAAAUAAAGUUUGCACAUUUUCAUUUCUACUGAGGUCACAGUUUUGGGAAGACUCCUCCAGAAAGUGAUGUUAGCAAGUUAGCUAUUACCAAGUAGGUUUAGGUUUUGAUAUGCAUUUAUUGACUGGUAAAAUCCAGGAAAAUUGAUUCUUCCACUUUGUGUGUUGGCAGCUCAACAUUCCCACAUCAUGACGCUAGACAGCUGGUGCGGUUUAGUUUAAAAGCCUCGCCUUGACUCUUUGUCUCAUCUGCCUGUAAAGCUUUCUCCAGAAAACAUGUGGCUUCUCUAGGUGUCGAUUCUGUUUUGGACCGAGCUCAUUGGACUGCGCCAUUGUUACCAGUAUGAUAAACAUGUCAAUGCUUGAAUGUUUAAAACUUACAGCCAAUCAUGAUCACUUACUUAAUAGUUUGUAAGAUUUAUAUUUAAUAGUCUGUCUCUUGGGAAAACACAAGUUAGAUUUAUUUUUGUGAUCAAAUAAAUCAGGUUAUGUGUUGUAAUAAUAUUCCACCCUGGAAAAAAAAAAGGGUAACCACAUUUAAAACCCCAAAAUAAUGUGUUCAUCCCAAUGAAUGUGUGUGUAAACUUCCUUACUGCAUUUGUGUGCAAAAUAACUAAUUUAAAAGGUUGUACACAUCUCUAUAUUUUUAUGUAUUUAAAUGUUUUCCAUGUUGGAGGAUUAUAUCAGCAAGUUCCUUUAAUCCAAAAAUCACCAAUAAGCCUGUUACUGUGGCUUUUCACACAAUAAUUUAAGUAGUUUUCAUAACUGUUGUAAAGAGAUCAUGUUCUAAAAUAGCUGCCAAAGACGGAUGUCCAAUUCAGCCGACAGGCCAAUCAUAGCGGAGCCUUAUGAGACAACACAGCAGCCCAAGCACUGUGGUUUAGAGCAGGAGCAUGUUGAACUGGACAGCAUUGUAGUUUUACAAUAACCCAGGCCCAACUAACUUCAGUUACAUAUUUUUGCCAGAAGUGGGAACUAAUGCAUCCAUUGACAUUUGAAACUGGCCAAAGUUUUAAGUGCAUGCAACCAGAAUGUAAAGGUUCAUUUCAGUGCUUUAUUCAGUUCAAGAAAUUAGAAGGGAGGUUUAGUUGGAGGAUUUCAUUUGACCAGAUUGCCUUUUAGGAGUAGUUUAGUUCUUCAAAUCCAGUCAUGUUUUUUUCGGAAAGUCAUUUGUUGGUUAUAAAAAGUGAUUUUUUUUUUUUUAUCUGGUAUCAAAAUCCAAGUAUUAAAAUUAUGUGAUAUAAGACACAGAAAUAAUUGUUUUUAACAACUUUCAGUACAGAGAAGGCAAAUAUGUUUUUUUGUCUCUCAAAUUUGUAUGACUGGUAAAGAGCAGCACUUUAUACUACUGUAAAUUAUGUUCGCACCACAGAUUAUACCCAUAAUAAAGGAAGAAUUUGCUGCA